UGGUAGGUAAUGUGGUAAGUGGCAGCCCGGAGGGGCAGAGGAAUUGGUAUUAUUGUGAAUCUUGUGAUGCAUUGUGUAGACCGUAGAUUGUAGAGGCUUGCGGAAUUCGGAAGAUUUCUGAACGUUUGUUUGAGAGUGUUUCGAGCUUGUUUCGAAUUUUGAUUUUUGAUUGUCUGUCAAUAAAUAUUUCGCCGCGGCGGUCUACGUUGGCAAGUACAAAACUGAAAACUUUUAGCUCGUGAAAGUGAGGUGUUGUGAAUCAGUAAAAUGGAUAUUUUUAAUUAGUUGCACCUUUAAUUGUGUAUAGUGAUUAUAUCGCGUUGAAGAAAUACAUAGUAAAAGAGUGAAAAAUGACGAUGGACAAACAGCUGGUGUGGGUGCGCGACCCCAACGAGGGGUUCGUGCUCGCCCGCCUCCAGGAGCUGAUGGGUGAGGAAGCAGACGUGUUCCCGGUGGACAAUAGGCAUCCACGGCGCGUCUGCAACUUCGACGAUAUCUUCCCAGCUGGGGACCCUGCUAAAGAUGUUGAUGAUAACUGUGAACUAAUGUUCCUCAACGAAGCGACACUUCUUAACAACAUUCUAACACGAUACAAGAAGAGCAAGAUUUACACAUACGUCGCAAAUAUUUUGCUAGCGGUGAACCCGUAUGAAGACAUUCCAGACAUGUACUCGUCGAACACAAUCAAGAAAUACCAAGGCAGGUCCUUGGGUGAACUGCCACCGCAUGUGUUCGCUAUUGCUGAUAAAUCAUUUCGGGACAUGAAAGCGUUAAAGCAAUCACAAUCUAUCAUCGUAUCUGGUGAAUCUGGAGCGGGCAAAACAGAGUCUACCAAGUACAUCCUCAAAUACCUCUGCGAUCUGUGGGCGAAAGGAGCUGGACCCGUUGAGCAGAAGAUUUUGGAUGCGAAUCCAAUCCUCGAAGCUUUCGGAAAUGCAAAGACAACUCGUAACAACAACAGUUCACGUUUCGGCAAAUUUAUGGAGGUUCACUUUUCCAAUAAAUAUCAGGUCGUUGGAGGGCAUAUCUCCCACUACCUGUUGGAAAAGUCGAGAAUAUGCACGCAGAGUGCCGAAGAGAGGAACUAUCAUGUAUUCUAUCUGCUGUGCGCGGGGGCCCCACAAGAACUGCGAUCAGCUUUGAAGAUAACCAAGCCUGAUGAUUAUUUGUAUCUGAAAAACGGUUGCACACAAUACUUCACAUCAGCACAAUCCGAGAAGAAAAUUAAUGCGAACCAGAAGAGUAAGCAACAACAAGCUAAAGGAGGUCUGAGAGAUCCCAUAUUGGAUGAUGUGGAGGAUUUCCAGAGAUUGCAUCAGGCCUUAUCCCGAGUGGGUCUAUCGGAAGCGGAGAAGAAGUCCGUCUACUCUGUGGUGGCGGCGGUCCUCCACCUGGGUAACGUGGAGUUUGAGGAGGAAGGCGGUGCGAGGGGAGGGUGCCGCGUGAGUCCAGACACUGAGGCCGCGCUCGCGACCGCGGCCUCCCUGCUGGGCGUGGACCCGGGCGAGCUACGGAUGGCGUUAGUGUCGCGACUCAUGCAGAGCUCUCGAGGAGGCAUUAAGGGGACUGCUAUUAUGGUGCCGCUGAAGACGUACGAGGCGGCGAGCGCGCGCGACGCGCUGGCCAAGGCGGUGUACAGCCGGCUGUUCGACUACAUCGUGCGCCGCAUCAACGACAGUAUCCCCUCCAGCACCUCGGUCUACUACAUCGGCGUGCUGGACAUUGCCGGCUUCGAAUACUUCCAAAUGAACAGCUUCGAGCAGUUCUGCAUCAACUAUUGCAACGAGAAGCUGCAGCAAUUCUUCAACGAGCGCAUCCUCAAGAACGAGCAGGAACUAUACAGAAGAGAGGGGCUCAAUGUGCCCGAGAUCAGAUUCGUGGACAACCAGGACUGCAUUGAUUUAAUCGAGAGCAAAAAUCACGGUAUAUUCCACAUCUUGGAUGAGGAGUCCAAGUUGCCCAAACCGGACUAUGGCCACUUCACUAACGCGGUACACAAGGGGCUCAGUGGAAAUGUUGCAAGUGCACGUCUCCAAGUGCCUCGUGCGUCCCGCCUUAAGGCGCACCGCACACUGCGCGACCACGAAGGAUUCUUAUUGCGACAUUUUGCCGGCGCUGUGUGCUAUAACACUAAUCAAUUCAUAGAAAAGAACAACGAUGCACUUCAUGCGUCGCUCGAGUUCCUGGUACAAGAGUCCAACAGCGGCUUAGUGCAACAGCUUUUCGAGACGAUGGACAACAACAACGCGAAGGGGAAACUCAACUUCAUCUCCGUGGGCGCCAAGUUCCAGACCCAGCUGUCCCAGCUCAUGGACAAGUUGAAGGAGAAUGGCACAAACUUCGUGCGUUGCAUCAAGCCCAACUCGCGCAUGGUGGGUCGCGAGAUCGAAGGCUCCUUGGUGCUGACGCAGCUGCAGUGCAGCGGCACUAUUGCUGUACUGGCGCUUAUGGAGCACGGCUUCCCGUCGCGCGCGCCCUUUGCGGAGCUGCACAACAUGUAUAAGGCCUACUUGCCUGCCAAGCUGCAGACUCUUUCGCCUAAGGUGUUUUGUCAGGCAAUCGUCCACAGCUUCGGCUUAUCGGACAAGGACUACAAGUUCGGCGUUACUCGCGUUUUCUUCCGGCCGGGCAAGUACUCGGAAUUCGACACCAUCAUGCGCUCCGACCCGGAGAACCUGAAGGCCAUAGUGGACUCCGUGCUGGCCUGGCUCGUCAAGUCGCGCUGGAGGCGGGCAAUCUUCUCUGCGCUGUCUAUUAUUAAGCUAAAGAACAAAAUCCUCUACCGGCGGGAGUGCCUAGUAACAGUACAAAAGGCAAUACGAGGCUACCUCGUGAGGCGCCAACACCAGCCUAGAUACCGCGGCAUAGCCAAGAUCAAAUCGCUGGAGAACAAUCUGAAAGAGAUGGAAGCUGUCACUCCGCAGCUCAAGAAAGAGAGAGACAAUGCCCAGAAAAACAUCGACAACUUGAGGAACUCUAUUCGAAGUGCUUGCACUGCGAUCAAGACUAACCCGAAAAUAAGCCGCACAGAGAUAGACCAGUUUUACACUAAACUCACGAAAGAGGUAGAGAUGCAGAUGGCCGCUCUACAGAAAGCUAUGAUGGAUCAAAAGAACAGGGAAGAGCAAGAGAGGCUGCGGCGGAUGGAGGCGGAGCUGCGCGCUGCGGAGGAGGCCAAGCGGCGCGAGCAGGAGACCAUAAGACAGGAGGAGGAGCAUCGCAGACUCAAAGCGGAAAUGGAAGCGCGUCGCAAGGUGGAAGAAGCGGAAAGGUUGAAAUUAGAGGAGCAAGACCGAAUCGCUGCCAUCAAGCUGCAGAAGCAAAUGGAGGAGGCCGCCAGGGCCGACCUGGACAACAGGGAGAGGUUAGAACAAGAGAGGAGAGACCACGAGAUGGCGGUGCGACUUGCCAAAGAAACCAACGGACACGUAGAAGGCUCGCCUCCGCAACUGAGGAGUUUCCCCUCUAUGGAGUCGAUGAACGGAGAGAAUAAGUUGAACAGGUCCGAGCGUGUGCGCAUGCAGCAAGCGAUGCAGGGCAAACAGAAAUACGACCUCUCCAAGUGGAAGUAUUCCGAACUUCGAGAUACAAUCAACACAUCAUGUGACAUCGAACUCUUAGAGGCGUGCCGGCACGAGUUCCACCGGCGGCUGAAGGUGUACCACGCGUGGAAGGCAAAGAACGCGCGCAAGUCCACCAUGGCCGAGCAGGAGCGCGCGCCGCAGUCCAUCAUGGAUGCCGCAAAAACACCCCGUCUCCCUCAAAAGAGCGAUAUCCUCGGCGCAAGGCACCGCUACUUCCGUAUCCCCUUCGUACGACCGGGAGGCGGCGCGCCCGGCGAGAGCGAGCGGCGCGGCUGGUGGUACGCGCACUUCGACGGCCAGUACGUGGGCCGCCAGAUGGAGCUACACCCGGACAAGACGCCCGUACUGCUGCAGGCCGGCGUGGACGACAUGCAGAUGUGCGAGCUGAGCCUGGAGGAGACGGGGCUGACGCGCAAGCGCGGCGCGGAGAUCCUGGAGCACGAGUUCGAGCGCGAGUGGACGCGCCACCACGGGCCCGGCUACACGCCGCCGCACGCACGCAAGCGCUAGCCAGAUAGCAAAACACCAGCGGGAUACCAACAAAAAACAAACAGUAGAAUUUGCGAUUUAUAAACCAUAUUAGUAAUUUAUAGUAAGAUACAAUUAGUGCUUUCCAAUGUGCCUUCAAAGGUUAUUUAGCCCUGUAUGUAUUCGUAUGGUGCCUAUCCUGUAUCAUAGUGGCUAUGUAACUUAGUGAAAAUAUCUGACAAAUAACAGACAUACCUAUCUAAUUUCUUAUUAACUUUCCUGUAUACUCGACAUCCCCAUGGCCGUGUGCCCGGGGACAAGGGUAAUUCAGAAUUAUUCAAUUCUUUCCAUGCACCUUGAACACUGUCCAUUGACAGUAUUAUUACUUAGUCAAAAUUAUGCCCGUUGUUCCUAUUGGAGAGGAGGUUGGGGGGCAAGAGGGUGUAUUUUGAAAUUUUUGUCCCUUCAUUCUGCUUCACCAACGUGUUUGGUUACACGUUAUAACACCUUAAAGAUUUGCCCGUGCCUUCGCCCGAUGGGUAUCGAGAUAAAAUUAAUAAUGCGAUAUUUAUUUGUAUGAUAUUCUAAGUAAAAAAAAAAUCAGAAGUUAAGAAACAAUCCAUUGAGUAAGCCAAGUUAAAAAUAUAACAAAAAUCGAACUGAGAAACACGUCAAGUUACCAAAUAAACAGAAUACAGUCCAAUGACUUAACCAGGUCAACGUAAAAUCUAUAACUGAGAACAUAAGUAAGUAGCACCAAGAGACUCAAAGUCCGCACUACACGAGACAGUUAAGAGUAAGACUGAUAUUUUGGUCGCAACGUAAACGUGCGUGCACUAUGUCCGUUAUCUGCGGCCAGUGUCAUGCAGUUUCUUAUUCCCCUUUCUUUUAUCCUGGGUUUUUUUUCGCACCUAGCACUCCGCUGUACGUGAUUGUUACAUUAGCUUGUCUCCAUGAACAGAGUAUCACAUAACCACUGAGAUACCGAAUAGUGCAGGGUUUUUUUGUGUGUAUUAUAGUGCAAUAUAUUGUAUUCAGAGGGUGUUCCACCGUAGACUUGAUAUUUGUGAUCGUUUUAAGAGUACACAAUUUAGAUUGUAAUUAAUAAGUAGCAUAGAUGAAUGAUAUAAGUAGCUUCUGGUUAGGGAAGUGGUUAAAAUAUACAUAUAAAAGAGAUCGCGCAUUUGUCGACGUCAUGUGUGCGUCGUAAGUCGAAAGCAAUAUAGUGGAUGAAAUUAAAUUUUAUCGCGAAAAUAUUAUGUGUCAUUUUACAGUCAUCCAGUUGACUCUUUUUCUUUUUAACAAAUCUUGCGGAUAAAAUUCGGCUGUACACGAUCUUUAUAUUAAAUUGAGAGAUCCAAGAAUAAAUUGUGUCACCUUUUUUCACAAUAUUCUCUGUAGAGAAUAAUUCAAUUUAGCUAAGAAGUUAUGUACAAUCGAAUUAGCAGUAAUAAGAUGAAAACUUCGCUAAACGCUGACUAAUGUGCGGUCACCUUAAUGAAUUAUUUUUAUUGUUAGGGUGAGUUCAGACUAUGUAACAGAUCAUAUGUAUGUAUUGUAAUAAAUAAAGCAAAUAGGGCCAAUUCGGAAUAAUAUAAUCGCAGCAAGAUAUCGAAAUUGUAGAAUAUAUACAUACUUUUCCACAUAAUUACUUAUAUUAAUUAUUUAAACACCACAAAACACAAAUGACAGGUUACAAAAGAAUUUUGUGAGUAUGUGGAGGGUAAUAAUCUCUGGAACCACUGCACCUACUUGAAAAAUUCAUUCUCCAUUCGAAAGGUACAUUAUUCAAGAUAUAAUAGAUAAUUAGUUAUAGACUAUUAGUAAAGGCGAAACACUAGUAUGAUGUAAAUGUGAUAUUAAGUUACUAGCCGAUCCUCCCGGCUCAGCUUGGGUGAAAAGUAGCUUUCUAAUGGUGAAAGAAUUAUCAAAAUCGGUUCAGUAGUUUCAGAGCUUACAAACAAUCUUACAAAUCUUUCCUCUUUGCAAUAUUAGUAGGUAUAGAUUAACAUGAAAUGUUACAUAGUUUACACUCGCCUUCAUAUAUUUUAAAAGUAUUUUGUAUUUAUUAGAAAGAAUUUAUUUUCACAACAAAGUGUUCAAAAGACAAAAAGACAAUCUUUUAUAAUUCUUAUUGCGCACUAUCCAGCUUUUAAAUACCGAGUGCCGAUUUAGGACAUCUAUGUUUUAUUCAUGCUUCUAAUUGGCUGAACAUAAAGGCUCAUUUUCAUGAUCAAACAGACAACAAGUAUCCCAUAAGAACCAACCGUGAUCGGCCAAUUAAAAUGCGAUCGCUAAAGCAUUCUUAUUAGUUUUCCCAUCAAUGAAAAUGUGCCUUCAAUCUUUCGGAUAAGCUUAAAAAAAUAUAUUUGUGUAUGUAGUGUGUAAAUGUUGCCAUAUAUGGCUACUUUCCACAUAGACUUAAUCUAUAUCUAUGACUUUCCAUUCCUAAACUCUUAUGAAAAAAAGUUAGUUAAAUCUUAAAUUAUUAUUACUAUGAAAUUAUCAGCCGCACCGAAAGAGUGCAUGCUUAAAUUAAUAUUUAAAAAAAUAUAUAACAAUAAGUUUAAAACAAGUCGAAUAAUAUGCCGACCACAUACUUAUUAUAAUAAUAUUGUACAAUGAAUUAAUCACUUACAAAAAGAAAUUUUACUAACUGUGAUUUCGAGGUCUUUAAUGGUUUAUAUUAAAAUGUAUUUAUUGAAGCAUUCCUAUUACUACUAUGAAAGACUGGUUUGUAGCAGUUCUUGGUAUUAUUUGAAAUUCAGUAUUUUUUCAUACCGCAAGUAUAAAUCCAACAGUAUUUUAAAACAUUCCUAGCUAAAUAUUAUAUGUGAAGGUUGUUUUACGCCGAAGCAACAUCGUGCGACAUUGCGGCAUGCCACAGACCCGCAUGUUAUAAUGAUUUAAAAAGUAAAGAGUGAAUUCGUAGGCAUGUGGUGUAAAAAUCGUCGGCAAACGGUCGCACCGUAGUCCGUAAUACUUUUCCAUUUGCGGCAUUCCGCAUUGUGUUGUUGCUCUGACGUAACACAUUCUCUAACGAUUGUUUUUAUACAGAGUUAUAAGGUUAUGAAUAGGAGUACAUAUUAGAGUACAAUAUAUUAAGUACAGAGUUAUCGUGAGUGCCUUUUUCAUGCCGUAAGUACAUGACUUUUUGUGUUAUGCUUUACCAAAUAAAACAAAAAUUAUUCAAUGAAA